ACUAAAGUUGAUCUCAUCCACAUAUUCUGUGGACAAGUAUACAAAAAUGGAGCUCACGGUUUCCAUGCAAGACCUGGUAAUAAGGACCCUGCAUCAGCUGUAACAAAAGCGGAUAAUUUGGAAAAGGCGGCAGCUAGUGACAAGGACUUUGCCGUAUACAAGAAGCCGCAGAUUUAUGACACAAGUGGAGCAGCGGAUAAAUUGGUGGAGAAACAUGGAAAAAGCGGGAUUUGGCCAACCUCAUUGACCUUGGAAAAGACCACAGAAUAUAUUAGUAGUUUGGAGAAGAAAUGCAGUCCACCAGAUGGAAAGAGUGCAUGUGUGAAG